AUGGCCUGUGUAUUUUGGAAGAUUCUAGACAAAAUUGAAAAUCAAUAUUUAAGUCUUGGUAUUCUUCAAUCGUGGGUAUAUUUCUGUUUCAUUUGUAUUAUUGAUUAUUCUGUUUCCAACGAGACCUUUGCGGGGGUGUGGUCCGGUGAGGGAUGCAGUGUGACCAAUGAGGGCGCCAAUUUAACCAAUUCAACCACGUGCUCAUGUGAUCACCUGACCAACUUCGCCGUACUCAUGCAGCUGGAUACAAAUGCGGUCCCUAUACCUAAGGCCGACGAGAAAGCCUUGACUAUUCUAUCCAUCCUCGGAGGCUCUCUCUCCAUUCUCUGCUUGACCCUAAUGCUGGUCAUCUACGCACUCUUUGGGAUGUACAAGACGGAGCGUGGAAUGGUCCAUACCAACCUGUGCGUCGCCUUGCUCAUAUCCCAGCUCGUCUUUCUGACGGGAAUCGACGCUGUGUCAGACACAACAGGCUGCAGAGUUGCCGCGGUCCUGCUGCACUAUUUCCUGCUGGCUUCGUUCAGCUGGAUGCUGGUAGAGGGCGCCCUGCUCGUUGUCAGUGCCAAGUUUGUGUUUCAUCGGCGGCUUAGGCCCUGGAAGCUCAUGCUGCCCGGCUGGGGCGUGCCAGCCGUUGUAGUGGCAAUCACUUUCGCUGUAGCUGCGGAGGAUUAUGGGUCAAAAGAAAAAUGCUGGCUAAUUGGACAAACAACCUGGGCAUUUAUUGCCCCAGUCAUCUUCGUUGUCGCGGUGAACCUGAUCUUUUUGAUCUUCGUGUUGGAGUCGCUGGUGAAACUCAAGAUUGUGAAAAGCAGGACAGAAUUCGACAAAAUAAGGGUUGUAGUGAGGGCGCUGUUGAUCGUCCUGCCGCUCAUGGGAUACACCUGGCUGUUUGGUCUCGGGGUCAAUGCCGCUGAUGGCGUCAACCUCAUCUUCUACUACUUGUUCGUCAUUCUGAACUCAUCACAGGGCGUGCUCGUCUUUUUCUUGUACUGUCUGAACACGGAAGAGGUCAAACAAGCAUUCGGUCGCUUCCGGCGCCGAUUCAAACGCCGUGUCAAUCCGCAGAUGUCAUUUGAUCUCAUGAUGUCGACCUCCUCCAACGGAGUCGAGAAAGACACCGAGAAGGAUGCCGACAAGGAUGCCAGGAAAAAUUGUGCGACCAUCGAGUGA